UCAUUGGACAUUACACGAAGCGGUGCUACGUUGCCUGGAGUUUGUGUACGAAGCGUGAAGAAGGACGUCUCUAAAGAGGGUCGUGGCGGCUGCCUGGGUGCUCGAGCGAUCUUCAAGACUGUAGUGGGCUCACAAGACGUCUGGAAGAAAGGACCCACCCUUGGUGACACCGCUAGAUCGACCAACCACCGUGCGUAACCCAGCUGGCACUCUGGAAGUGGGGUCAUUGGAGUUCGUUGGACACCUGGUUAUGCGCAAACACUAGACGUUGCUGUAACCAACAACAGCAUGCCGCCUCCACUAGUGCGCAGCAUCAGCAACGUGAAGCGACAGUUCUCGUACCGCCAGCCAAUCAAACCCUUCGUCAGCUCGACUUUCGUGGACUUCCAGGAGGAACGGGACUACCUCGUCAAGCGUAUUUUCCCCACCCUUGACGCAAUCUGCCGAGAAAGGGGCUCCAACUUUACUCCUAUUGACCUGAGAUGGGGGAUAAACAACAACCAGGCUAACUCGGGACAAGUCAUCAAACUGUGUCUGGACUACAUAAACAGGUGCACGCCGUUCUUCAUAUGUCUACUGGGAGACCGGUAUGGCUCGCAUCGCCCCGAGACCGCGGACCCGCUUCCGAAGACGUUGGAAGACCUGCCGGCCGACGCGUCCUGGAUGGACAAGAACUUCGUGGUCGCGGCACAAGGCGGACACGGUUGGGUGCUACAAGAAGCGCACCAAACAUGCAGUAUUACAGAACUGGAAAUAAUACAAGCAUCUUCCCUCAACGACAAUGAACACUGCUACUUCUACUUCAGAGACUCGACGAAACUCGAAGAAAGACUCGGUGACCUACCAAAAGACAAGCAAGAAGAGAAGCUACAGGAAUACGCUCCCGAGAGUGACUACGCGGAGAUUCGAGUGCGAGAUUUGAAGGAGAGAUUGAUUAACAAGGGCCUCCCUGUGAGGUACUUCAGUACAGUAGAGGAGCUGGGAAGGAUGCUACUGGAGGACUGGACAAGGGUGAUCGACAGCCUCUAUCCACCUGUGGACGACUUCUUGGAUGUUGGUGGAGAAUCGUUCAGACAGUGGGCAGCUCACGAGUCCUUUGCUGAAACUCGCCGGCGUAUCUUCGUGUCGACACCAGAACUGGAGCGUCUUAACAGCCAGCUGGACGAGCACGCCCUGUCAGGAGCCGCCCAACCUUCAGCAGACGACUUCUUAACUCGCACCAGGUGUCCCGACAACUCCUUCAGAUCCAGACCUUCCUCAGCCCCAGGUUACCAGUCCAUCCUGAUGUUGGUAGGUGAGCGAGGCUGUGGUAAGACCGCCAUGGUCGCCAACUGGGUGAAGAAUUUUACCUCCAGCACUGCCGACAUUGUUGUGGUGUCACACUAUGUGGGAGCGAGUGCAGAAAGCACGGAUGUCGGCAGCUUUCUACGCCGAUGUACACAGGAGCUUAGGAACGAAUUUGCAGGAGCCCCCAGUGAUAUGGCGUCGACCACGCAGGAUCUGUCGGAUUUCCACCGGACGUGCGAGGCCUUCCUGGCCGCACUGACCCUCGGGCCGUCUGUACUGGUGCUUGAUGGGAUAGAUGAGUUGAACAGCACAUACGGCAUGACAACCCAGCAGGUGAAGGAGUUUACCUGGCUGCCAUUCCCCCUCCCACCCCAGUGUCGUAUCAUCGUGACCACCACACGGUCAGACCUGACCUACAAGGCACUGGUCAACCGGCCAGACGUUACUGAUCUGAACGUCCCUCUACUGGCUGAUUCACCUUCCAAGAGCACAGUAAUGGAGGAACACCUGGCUGAACACUGUAAGUGCCUGGACUCCGGCCAGCUACAGCGCAUCGUGGAGUGUAAGCUGAGCAGCCGCCCGCUGUUCCUCUUCGUGCUGGCCCACGAGCUGUGCGUGAUUGGCCAGCAGCAGGGCGUGGACCGUCAGCUGGAGGUGUAUCUGGAGGCGACCAGCAUCCGUGACCUCUGGGUCAGCAUCAUUCAGCGCUGGGCAAAGGAUUAUGGGUGGCACAGCAGGAAGGAACAGACAAUAGAGAAGGGAAGCAGAGGCUGGGUUGCCGAUGCCCUACGUCUCAUCGCGGUCUCCCGUAACGGCCUGCAGGAGUCUGAGAUCCUGGGAGCGCUGGAGCUGCUGGGGUACAGGGACGAGUACAAGGUCGCGUCCUUCGACUGGGCGCUGUUUCGAUCCUGUGCACAGGACGCUUUGUUUGAGAGGCCGGGCGGACUUCUCAACUUCUUCCACCAGGACAUUCGGGAAGCUGUGGAGUGCUCCUUGUUAGGAACUGUUACCAGCGCUGCCUCCAAGACAUCCUUCUCCUUCCCCACCAUGCAAGAACACGUCCGCAACAAGUACCACGCCGUGCUGGCCGAGUUCUUCAGCCGCCAGCCGCACUCGGAGCGGCGGGUGGACGAGCUGCCGUGGCACCUGGAGAUGAGCGGGGAGGUGGGACGACUUUGCAAGGUUCUGUCUGAACCCGGGAUGUUUCUGGCUAUGUGGGGAGACAGCAGACAGAGUAGCACGCUGCGGCUGGACCUGGUACGGUACUGGAAGUUCCUGACACAGGCGGGGUACGACCCAGGCGAGGUGUACGGGCGCAUGGUCCGGAAAAUCACCGGAGACAACGAGUCAACCGCAGAAGGAGAUGGUCGCCUGUCCCGUACAGUGAGUGUGGUGAUAUCAGAGCCCCCAGUCUGGCAGGACCCAAGUGACAGUGAUAUUGACCCAAGAUCCCUGAGCCCCACUGGCAAGCUGCACUCCUGUCUCACCACCAUUAAGGAGGGUUCAGACCAGGCCUCCGUCAGUAACGCCAGCGAGACGCAGAGUCAGAGCAGCAUGGGCGCGGUUCUCAGCAUCGCCACCAGCUUCGGCAGCCUGGCGGGCGGCAGGAGCGACGACGACGGCUUCGACCCGACGCCGGAAGAGCGCGCCAUGGACAUCGAGUCCACGUUCUUGACGGAGAGUCGCGUGGCUCACCUGGACAUGGACGAGGAGCGAGAGGAGAUAAAGGAGAUGUCACAGUACGAGGUCGCCGCCCUGGCGUGUCACGCCGGACAGUUCCUGAACGAGAUCGGGAAGUUCGAGACAGCGCAGGAGAUGCUGCACAAGGCGCACGACCAGCUGAAGAACGCAGACUCGCCCAGCCUUGCCGAGCAGCAGCUACUGUGUAAGGUGGAGGAGAACAUUGGGAACCUGUACCUGUUCCAACUGAAGACACAGGAGGCAGAGGAGUGGUACUGGAAAGCACUGGGGACCAUCAACUCCAUACAGGAGGAGGAUGCUGAGCACAUGGCUAAAAUGAUCGAGACUAAAGGCAGACUGUUGGACCAGCUGGGGAACAUGAAGACGUACGCCGGUUGUUUUGCGGAGUCGGACCAGCUGCUGCAGGAGGCCAGGGAUCACAUGGAGUCCGCCUGCAGCAUCCCCGGCCUGGCCUCCGUACAGCACCACAUCGGGGUCCUGAAGAUGAGGAGACGGCAGUACACCAUGGCUGAGGACUGUCUCAGGGAGGCACUCACUACAAGAGAGAGAUGGUAUGGUACAUUCCACCCCAUGGUUGCAGAUGUACUGAAUGACCUUGCUGGGCUACUGGCUGACAGGAACAACAAGAAGGGGUUUAACCGACGCGAGGCUGAGUCCCUGUACCGGCGAGCGCUGCGGAUCAGGGAACAGUGUCUGGGGUCCAACCAUCUACUGGUCGCAACCACCCUGUUCCACUUAGGAAAACUGCUGAAGGUGGAUGGUGCCCAGCAUGUGAAGAGAGAAGCAGUGAAGUGUCUCCAGCAGUCUCUGGACGUCCGGACCAAACUGUUAGGCCCCGAACACCCAAUCACACGAGCUGUAAGAAACACACUCCGCGACGUGGAGUCACAGAUCAGCACGGGGCUGUAUGACUUCAGUACCAAGAAACAACCUGAUGCAAGGUCCCGGAACCGUCCCUACAGCAGUAUGAGUUGGCACGAGCAGGACAUCAUCCUUUUUGAACAGAAGCAGCAGGGGAAGAAAAACAGACGGCAGGAGCAGUAUGGAGGGUCUCGCAGGCCCAGCAGCAUCCCCAGCGGGGUCUGGAGAUCCCAGUCCGUCGUGUCGUGCCCCAACGGAAGAGACACCGCCAUGAGUCGAGCUACGCGGGAGAUACCCAGAGUACACUCUGCUGGGAGUGAGCGUCACAGGGCGGAUGUCCCACAGCAAGGUUUCCACAGAGAGGAAGCUCCGUGGAGAGAAUUCUCGGAGAGCCCGCCCAGAGAAACACAGUGGGAAGAAACCGUUGGACAGGAAGACUUUAAAGGUGACCCGAGUCUCUUCAGAGAAGGAAGUAUGUCCAUCAAUUACUUCAACACGAAAAGCUCGGUGUCGGAGUUCCAGAGCCGGAUGACGGUUGUUUCGCGGAACACGAACAUGUCGCGUUUGAGCAGAAGCUCGCACGUGUCGCACAAAUCGUCAUGUCACAUCCCCAGUGCACACAGCGUGGACGAAAGUAACGUUAAGUCAGUCCACGGCCCUCAUAGUACGCUACAGACCUUGUUAGAUGAGCCGCCAAAACCGCGGGAAAACGUGAAGAAAUCUGGAGUGCAACACAAGUCGGCGUGGUACCACAUCCCGGGAAGAUACUCGACCAAUAAGGAGCCACUGCCGAGAAAGAGAAGUCAGAAGCGGGUGAAGAAGCUGAAUCGUGGGACGGACACGACGUUGGACCAGCAGCUUCAUCCGAUAGACGAAUCACCAAGCAGCGAGGGAGGGAGCUCGGCGGAGUCCGAGAAAUGGGGGUCAGACGGAGUCGAAGCGGCGGAGGCAGGAAUCCAAGAUCUACAGAUCAUAGGGGAAGGAAAGGAAAGUCACAGCGAAGCAAACAUGCAAUCCGGACCUCCCAACUUUGCCGAUCAGUAUGACAAAACUACGUUGGAAGCAGACAAUGAGACAGUGUUGACAGGUGAUGCGACAACUGUGGAAACGGAAAAGAAGGGAACAACAAAAACCUCCAGGAACCUUAGAAUUGUGGAACCAGAAAGGGUUACUAAAGAAGCCAUUGCUUCUAGACACUAUCAGUUUCCUGCUGUACAUUAAUUAUCAUGUAGUAAUGACAGAUUCAUUAUGAUGUUAGAAUUUUCUAUAUGAUUAAUGAACCAAAGAUGAGAUUGUGCCAGAAUGAGAUUCAAGGAUAUUUGGACCAAAGAAUGUGCUGAUAUAUUGUGGAACUUUAAAGUUGCUUGUUUGUUUUGCACUUAAAUCAUGUCUCUAUGUCUCUAUGUAAUAGGGUAGGAAAAUCCCCUGUCACACAUUCACUUCUGUAUUCACGUAAAAUCAUUCCAUUUAAAUUUGUGUAUAAAGAAAUGCUCUUAUUGUGUGCUCAGUCAAUAUAAGU